AUGUGGCGUUGGAAAACAGAGAAACUAAAACAAGAAUUAAAAAAUUAUAAUAUUGGUUUUGAGGCAAAUACAAUAUGUUCUGAAUUAAUCACUUUAUUGAAUAAUUAUUUGUAUUCAGAAAUGAUAGAUUUUGAGAAGAUUCAAGAUAAAGAAAAUGAAAAUAUUGACUUUAUUAGGCCAUCUGCUAUGAAUAUAGACAGAAGAGGAGGAAAAUGUAUCUUGCCAAAUAUAGUAUCUGCACUCAAAACUUUCUUUAUGGCUAGUCAAUUAGAUCAAAGUAAUAGAUUUAUGGCAAAGGAUAUGGUUAACAGAUUACAAGAAAUGGUAAAAAAUGAUAAAAUUUCUGAAAAUGACAAAAUCUCUACAGAACAAGCAGUAAAAUCUUGGAUCAGUAGAUUUUCUAAAUCUUCAAAAGAAUUAUCAGCUUCAGAGGUUUUAACAUCAGAGACUUCAGCAUAA